CAGCAGACUUAGAAGGCGGGCUCAGUUGCUAAACCUCCCCCCUUCACUUUCCUCACUUCACAUACAUCUGAAAUCCAUUUGUUACACACACACACACACUCAGACACACACACACAGAACAACCUCUCCUCUUUAUAUAACACAAUAAUCAGCUCUGGAGCUUGGAGCUUGGAUUUGUUUCCACAGAGACGCCCGGCUUCACUCGGUUCAAAGUACAUUUCUGCAGUUUCAGGGAUUUCGGAGUUCAGACAUGGGAAGCAUCCCAGGACUUUCUCUUCUCCUUCUGGUGGCGAGCGUGUCCAUCCUGACGAGUCCCGGCGUCCUCGGUGGAAAGAUCCUGGUGUUCCCGGUGGACGGCAGCCACUGGGUCAACAUGGACCUGAUGCUCCAGAGCCUCCACGCCCGAGGCCAUGAGGUGACCGUGGUCCGCACAACCACGAGCUGGUACAUCAAGGAGAGUGCACCACACUACAGCUCCAUCUCCAUCAAGCUGCCAGAGGCCAUCGGCUUGGAGGACCAGGAGUUUUUUUCCGAACUCCUGAGCAAGAUUUUGUCCAUCAAGAAAGAAGGGCCGUCUCUAUUUGCAUUCGUGAAGUUUUACUGGGAAAUGCUCGGCAAGCUGUCGGGACUUCACCAACAGGCCAGCAUGAUAGUGGUAGAAAUGUUUGAGAAUAAGACUUUAAUGCAGAGUAUCCGUGACACUCAGUUUGACUUGGUGCUUCUGGACCCAGGUCUGCCUGUUGGGGUUCUGGUGGCUCAUGAACUCAAGCUGCCGACUGUUUACAAUGUGCGGUGGGUCACCAGCGGAGAAGGGCAUUUCGUGGUGGCUCCAUCACCAACAUCCUACGUCCCGGUUUCAGGACACGUUGCGUCGGACAAGAUGACGUUUGUGCAAAGAGUGAAAAACUCCCUGUUCUAUGUCCUGAACAUGGGCGUCGACAAGUUCAUCGUGAGCCCUCACUACGACCGACUGGUGGACAGGUACUUUGGUCCAGAUGUAAACUUCUAUCAUCUCCUGCAGGGAGCAGACAUCUGGCUCAUGAGGAUUGACUUUGUCCUUGAAUUCCCCCGACCCACCAUGCCCAACAUCUUCUACAUUGGUGGUUUUCAGUGUAAACCAUCUAAGCCUCUUCCAGCAGAGCUGGAGGAGUUUGUCCAGAGCUCAGGGGAGCAUGGCGUGGUCCUGAUGUCUCUGGGCACCCUGGUCAAAGCCCUGCCUGUAGAGAUCACCUCUGCAAUCGCUGCUGCAUUCGCCCAACUUCCUCAGAAGGUCAUAUGGAGGCAUGUCGGAGAGACCCCAAAGAAUCUGGGAAACAAUACCCUUCUGGUGAAAUGGAUGCCCCAGAACGACCUCCUGGGACACCCGAAGGUUCGAGCCUUUGUGGCCCACGGUGGUACCAACGGGAUCUACGAGUCCAUGUACCACGGCGUUCCGAUUGUCGGCAUUCCUCUUCUGUUUGACCAGCAUGAGAACAUUUUGAGGUUGGAAUCUCGAGGUGCUGCCAAGGUGGUCGAUACGAACACAAUCACGCACCAGAACUUUCUGGAAACGUUACAGGAAGUUCUUCACAAUCCCUCAUACAGGAACAACAUGCAGCGUCUCUCCGAGCUUCAUCGGGACACACCGAAGAGUCCUCUGGAAACUGCUCUUUUCUGGAUCGAGUUUGUCAUGAGGCACGGAGGUGCUUCACAUCUACGCACCGAGUCCUACAAGAUGCCCUGGUACGCACUUCAUUCUGUGGAUGUUAUAUGUGUAUUGUUAGCAAUUGUGUUGGUGCUGACGGCAGCUGUAGUGGGAGCGAUACGUUUCCUGUGCUCUCGACUCUGCAGGAGGAGGAAACCCAAGCAGGAAUAGUAACAGAGGAUAAAGCUUUUAUAUACGUUACCCCAAGAGGCAAACAGUUACCUGAUGAUUUAAGAUAAUCGCUGAUCCUCUUCUGAAAAGGAACUGAAUGGUUUUAGAGAUCUGGUCUGCACAUGGGAUUUAAUGACCGUGAAGAAAAUAUAUAAUGAGAGCAGCCUGAUCCUUCAAAUGAUUAAUCUUAGCCACAGACUGUAAUUAGAUGUGGCUAAGAUGGAUGACACGUCUCCACUUCCUCCCGAUGCACAAAAUUAAGCUAAAUUAUAAGUCUGUGCAGAAGUGAUCGUGUUGGGGAGGCGUGGCUUCAAGUUUUAACUAAUCACAGUCAGUCUGGGCUGUCAAUCAUGACAUUUAUCGCAUCAAAUAACAAAAGCAAACUCAUCAGAAACACAUACACAUGAACAAACAUCAGUGUGAGAGGAACUCAAAAGACAGAAACCAUCUGCUAACAUGGAGGAGGCAGGGUUCAUAACCGCAGUUCGCCACCAGAGGGCGAUCAAAUGAUUCGGCUUCACUUCUGGGUGUUGUCAUGUCCUCCAUCUUUAUUUACAAUCGAUUAUUUUAACACAUGAAAUCAAACAAGAUGAAGCUGUGAAUAAAUCGGUGGAUAAAUAUUUUUCCAUCUAAAAAAAAAUUGGUAUCAACAUUUCAAAGUCAAUUCUUCUAUUUUUUUUAUUGUCAUUCUCACUUGAAUAAUGAAAAAUCAUUUGUCAAAAUGUUUACUGACUGAAAAUAAAAAUGUAAGAGAGGA